AUGGCGGUGAAGUCACUACCCGCCAACAUAGACUCAGAAGCUCAGAUCGAGGACAUGGCCAGACGGCUUCAAGAGAUCCUCCAGAACUCUGCCAGGGCAUGUGGCAGGGUCAGUCGCGGUCGCCGCGCACGAAGCUCUCCAUGGUGGAACCAGGAGUGCAAAGACGCACACGACGACCUUCCGCAUUACACGACGCAUCUACGAAGAGGAGAGGAAGUGCAAAGGUCCAGAGUCAAAUUCUGCCGCAUCCUAAAACGCACAAGACAGAAGUUCUGGCGCAAUACAAUCAACGAAGUGACUACGGCGGAAGGCGUUUAUAAACUUACCAGGUGGAUGAAGCCGAGACAGCGUCUUCAGCCCCCGCCGCUCCAGGUGGGCGACAUGACGUACUCUACUGACGUAGAGAAGGCCAUGGCGCUACGGAAAGAGAAACUGGAACGCCGCGACGCGUCAGACGACAUCGCCAACGGAUGGCAACCAGCUGUCAGUCCCCCUAAAGAGAUCCCAUUCGCGAGAAUCAUUUCGACCAAGGAGGUUGAGAAGGCUGUCUUACACACCGGGAACACAACGCCCGGCUCAGACGGAAUAACGACCAGGAUGCUUCAGGCCGCCUGGCCACAUAUUGCCCGACCCGUCACAACACUAUACAAUGCUUGCCUACGACUCGGUCAUCAUCCCAGCGUCUUCAAGACUGCUGAGGUUGUCAUGAUCCCGAAGCUCAACAAGCGGGAUCUCACCAGCUUCCUGCUCGAUAGGUUAGCCAGCGUGCGGUUCCAAAACGCGACCACACCAAGCGCGCGACUACGAUGCGGCCUGCCUCAGGGUUCCCCCAGCUCCACGGUAAUCUAUAUCUUGAUUACGGUGGCGAUCUACUUCCUCUCCGGCGCUGCCCAGAGAUACGGAUACGCAGACGACACAGCGAUGCUCUUUAUCGGAGACUCGCUGGAGGACACAGCGAGGCAAGCGAACGAAGCCAUCGCAGCCAUGGAAUCGUGGGGAAGAGGCGAAGCAAUCCACUUUGACCCAGAAAAGACAGAAGUCAUGCAUUUUUCCAGACGCAAGGCAGAUCACGACCAAUCUCCCAUCAUUCACCACGGCGACAAAGAGAUACGGGCAGCGCCAUCCAUGCGGUGGCUCGGCAUCUGGCUAGACAAGUAA